UUUUAUCCAAUCAGAGCGAGGCUUUCAAAAUACCUUGUCUAAUGUUGCCAGGAACAACAACAGACUCAAGUUAGAAACUGCAUGUGGACACUUGUGUGAUUGUAAAUUAACAAAGAUGGAAAGAGAAGGAGAGGAACGGUUCUGCUUUAUAGCCGAGUGGUACGACCCUCACGCUGCCUUCAUCAGGCGGUACCAGUUUAUGUACUAUGUCAAAGAUGGCACAGUAGAGAUGUUUGACAUAAAAAAUCACAGAAUGUUCCUGAAGAAGACACGGAUUGAGACUAUUCGCCCAGAAGACUUGUACAUCGGGAACACCGUCAACAUUCUAUCGCGUCAGAUGAACUUUGUGGAUUAUGGAGAUGACUUCACCAGAGCCAGACUCUCACAUAAAAAAGAAAGAACUCUGGGGAUGAUCAAACCAGAUGCAAUGUCUAAGAUGGGACAGAUCAUUGACCUGAUUUGUCAGAAGGGUUUCCUGAUUACAAAAUUAAAAAUGUGCCAGCUGAACCGGAACGAGGCCUUCCAGUUUUACCAGGAGCACCAGGGAAAACCUUUCUUAGAUACCCUCCUGAACUUUGUGACCAGUGGUCCAGUGAUUGCGUUUGAGUUGAUGGGAGAGAACUGUGUAUCCCAGUGGAGGGAGGCCCUCGGCCCCACCGACUCCGCUAUCGCCCGCUCAGAGGCUCCUCAGUCCAUCCGCGCCCGGUUUGGUAAAAAUAAAACAGAGAAUGCCUGUCAUGGCUCAGACAGUAGUUCAUCGGCUGCCCGGGAGCUUGAGUUCUUCUUCCCGAGUAACGGUCCAUCUAGACAGAACACCGCCAAGUUCACGGACUGCACAUGUUGUGUGGUGAAGCCCCACGCCGUCAAAUCAGGUUUAGCUGGAAAAAUCAUCAGCAGCAUUUUGGAGGCUGGAUUUGAAAUCUCAAUGCUGGAAAUGUUUAACAUGGAGAAGGCCAAUGCGGAGGAGUUUUACGAGGUUUACAAGGGGGUAGUCCAGGAAUAUGGGUCAAUGGUCGCUGAGCUGACCUCUGGGCCGUGCCUCGCCAUGGAGAUCCGUGCACAGAACGCUCCCCAGGCAUUCCGGGAAAUGGUCGGCCCCUCGGACCCGGAGAUAGCCCGCCACCUCCGCCCCCGCACACUGAGAGCUCUCUUUGGAGUCGACAAAGUCCGGAACGCGGUCCACAGCACCGAUCUCCCAGAGGACGGAUUAUUAGAGGUUGAAUAUUUCUUUAAAAUUCUUGGACGUUGAAGAAGAACAUUGUUUUGUGAACAUCAGUGUACACACUCCUAUACAGACUUGUGAGGAAGGACGAUGAUUUGUGCUACUGACAGCUAGAGAUGGGAAUUAACUGAUCUGUGAUAGUUUCUAUGGCAAUGUGACCAUUCUCAUUUCAUUUGUUUAAAUUAAUAAAAUAUCCAUGUAUUAUAUUAAAACAAUUCUUAUACUCA